CUGGUCAACCAAGCUGCGAGAAAUACUACAAGGAAGCAACAGAAAAGCUUUGUUUAUCAUGCUUGGUUUGAUCAUGGCACAACAACUUAGCGGAAACUUCAUCACUAUGCAGUAUCUGCAUGUGUUGUUGAGCAAAACAACGAUUGGCCUCGACACACACGAAGCGACGAUGUUGGUCCUGGGUGCCGACUCUAUAUCUAGUUCUAUAUCCCCAUUACAAGUGGAAUCUAAGGGAAGAAGAGAACUUUUGAUUCUGUCUACGCUUGGAUCGUGUUCUACAUUGAUUAUUCUAGCAAUUUAUCUUUUGUUAGAUCAACAUGAGUUUGACGUUUCCAACUUCUCUAUUCUUCCAGUUAUCGACUUAAUUAUAUAUCAAGUAAUGUUUCACAUUGGUUUAGGUACGUUACCCAAUGUUCUCCUACGCGAGUUAUUUCCUGCAGAACUAAAAGGCUCCGUUCGUGCCAUCAUUAUAAUUUUCGAUGGUAUAAUUGGUUUUACCGUGCCGAAACUGUAUCAAGUGAUUACCGAUAAUGCAGGAUCGUGCGGGAUUUACUUUAUCUUCGCGGCAUCAUGCUCGGUGGCAUUUGUGAUAGUGUUCAUAUGGGUACCGGAAACAAAAGGAAAAACGUAUCACGAGAUUAAAGCGCUUCUAGUUGGUGAAAAUUUGAAUUCACCGAAUGAAGAAGUUAGCACCGCUGGAAUGGAUAGUCGUGAAAUAUGACAGGAGAAAAUGCACUGACAAUCCAUAGCACGGUGUCUCCAUACUCGGAAUAUUUUAUUUCUCAUUUUUAUUAGUAUAACGAUAAAGAUCUACAAUUUUAUCACGAUAUGCAAUUUUUGUAGGAACGUAGGUUUAUUUGUUUGUACGUGUAAUUUUAGAAAUGUGUUUAACAAAGCUCAUGGUCAUUUACAAACAUAUGCAUCGUAUAAAUUGACUUGAAUUGAACUUAGAGGAAUACAUGUUCUCAAACUAAACUUUUUAUCCAUUUCAUAAUACGAACAAUGUAACAAUAUCAAUUAACUCGAGAUAACUGAACAAGAGUUUGCAAAAGUAAGAAAAGUAAUA